UCACUGUUUGGGACAAGCUGAACGGUGCUUGUGUACAUCUUGAACUGCUCGACCCGCUGCUCGCCGUGGAUCCUUUCGGAUAAUACCUCCCUCCGCUAUCCCUUAAACAACUACAUCGUGAAACUCUGUCCUCGAGGCAACUUCGUUCAAUUCCGGGUUUUCCGACUCUCCUUUCUCGAAUUUUUACCCCUCUGCGUGUGACUUGUCAGAAUCAUUAUGAGCGCUAGAACACGGAAGCAGAAGGCUGCCUUGGCCGCACAGUCCGACGAGAACGAGACACCCGUCAGCAAUGGCGCGGCACAGAAAUCGCCGAAGAGAAGCAAGUCGGCUUCCGCUGAAAAGGAAGUCAAGGAGAAUGUAUACCUGUUUGCUCCGAACUUGAUCGGAUAUUUGCGGGUUGUUUUGACCAUCGCCUCCCUUUACUAUAUGCCCUUCCACCCUCGAACCUGCUCUCUCCUAUACAGUGUAUCGUGUUUGCUGGAUGCCUUGGACGGAUAUGCGGCGCGAUACUUCAAUCAAUCCACCACCUUCGGUGCCGUGCUCGAUAUGGUGACGGACCGCUGCACCACCGCGUGCCUCUUGGUUUUCCUGAGCUCCGCCUGGCCCCGGUGGGCCAUUAUCUUCCAGAGCUUGAUUGCGCUGGAUAUGGCGAGUCAUUAUAUGCAUAUGUACGCCACCCUCAGCAUGGGUGGUUCGAGCCAGAGCCACAAGAAGGUUGAGGCCAGCCGCAGCUGGAUCUUGUACUGGUACUACAACAGCAAGACGGUUCUGUUCAUCUGCUGCGCCCUGAACGAAGUUUUCUUCAUCGGCCUCUAUCUCCUCUCCUUCUCCUCUCCUACACUUUCGCCUUCCCUUCUUAAGCCACUCGCCGAAAGCGUUGCCCAGACAGCUCCCACCAAUCUGUACGACAGCCCGUGGAGUGCGGGAGCGCUGGAAUUGGCUCGGGCCAACAAGAUUGACAGCUUCUGGCCCUGGCUCAUCACCGGAAUCUCGGCGCCUAUCAUGGCGCUCAAGCAGAUCAUCAACGUGGUGCAGCUUGUGAAAGCCAGCAACUGGCUGGUCGAGGGUGACAUGGCCAGUCGCAAGGCACUCCGUGGAAAGAAACACUAAAUUUCCUCCUCGCCCAUAACCACGAGCCAAUUGGCUGACUGUGGAUAAGUUUCUUUGGUCUUUGGCCCCCUCUUUCUUCUUAUUGUCAAUAUUUUCAGCCGCAGCACGUAAUAUUGGGGAUCCUGCUGUUGGCCUGAACCUUUCU